AUGGCUGAGCGAUACAUCCCCGAGCAUCGCCGCACUCAGUUCAAGGCGAAGAACACCUUCAAGCCUGAGGAGCUCCGUCGUCGCCGUGAGGAGCAGCAGGUCGAGAUUCGAAAGGCCAAGCGUGAGGAGAACUUGGCCAAGCGACGAGGUAUCGGAACCGGUGAGAACCGUCCUGGUGCUUCUCUUGGUGCCGCCCCCGACAGCGAUGAUGACACGGCUCCUACCGAGUCUCAGUUGAAUGAGGACCUUCCCCAGAUGGUGCAGGGCGUCUUCUCGGACCAGAUCGAUUCGCAGAUUCAGGCCACCACCAAGUUCCGAAAGCUUCUUUCCAAGGAGCGUAACCCCCCGAUUGAGGAGGUCAUCAAGACCGGUGUUGUUAGCCGCUUCGUCGAGUUCCUGCGAUCCCCUCACACCCUGGUUCAGUUCGAGGCUGCUUGGGCUCUGACCAACAUUGCUUCUGGCUCCGCCACACAGACCCAGGUCGUCAUCGAGGCUGGCGCUGUUCCCAUCUUCGUUGAGCUCCUUGCUAGCCCCGAGCCCGAUGUCCGGGAACAGGCCGUCUGGGCUCUUGGUAACAUUGCUGGUGACAGCCCUCACUGUCGUGACUAUGUCCUCAGCUGUGGCGCCCUUAAGCCUCUUCUUAACCUUCUCGGCGAUAGCCGUAAGUUGAGCAUGCUCCGCAACGCUACCUGGACUCUUAGCAACUUCUGCCGUGGCAAGACCCCCCAGCCCGACUGGACUACUAUUGCCCCCGCCCUUCCUGUCCUGUCCAAGCUCGUCUACUCCCUUGACGAUGAGGUCCUGAUUGAUGCUUGCUGGGCCAUCUCUUACCUCUCCGAUGGAUCCAACGACAAGAUCCAGGCCGUCAUUGAAGCUGGCAUCCCCCGCCGACUGGUGGAGCUGCUCAUGCAUGCUUCCACCUCCGUCCAGACCCCCGCUCUGCGAUCGGUCGGCAACAUUGUUACUGGUGACGACGUUCAGACCCAAGUUAUUAUCAACUGCGGUGCUCUGCCUUGUCUCCUGUCCCUGCUCAGCUCUACUAAGGAUGGCAUUCGCAAGGAGGCUUGCUGGACUAUUUCCAACAUCACUGCUGGCAACUCUUCCCAAAUCCAGGCCGUGAUCGAUGCCAACAUCGUUCCUCCUCUGAUCCACCUCCUCCAGAACGGCGACCUCAAGACCCGUAAGGAGGCAUGCUGGGCUAUCAGCAACGCUACCUCCGGUGGUCUCCAGAAGCCCGAGCAGAUUCGCUACCUGGUCGCCCAGGGCUGUAUUAAGCCUCUCUGCGAUCUUCUUGGCUGCCCUGACAACAAGAUUAUUCAGGUUGCUCUAGAUGGUCUUGAGAACAUCCUCAAGAUUGGAGAUCUGGACAAGCAGGCCGCUGGUGACGCCGGUGACUCGAUCAACCGAUAUGCUCUCUUCAUCGAGGAGUGUGGUGGUAUGGAAAAGAUUCACGAGUGCCAGAACAACGACAAUGAGGAGAUUUACAUGAAGGCUUACAACAUCAUCGAGAAGUACUUCUCUGAUGAUGAUGAGAACGCUGAUGAGGGUAUGGCUCAGCAACCCGCUGGACCUAACGGUACUUUCGGCUUCGGUACCAACGGUGCUGCUCCCUCAGGCGGCUUCGACUUUGCCAAGGGCAGCGAUGCCAUGGACAUGUAA